AUGGUGAGUGUGCUCACUCGCCCAGUCGACUGCUGUUGGUUGCGCGUGGUGCUCGUGUUCGCACGCCCAAGGACACCUGGUGGUGGCGCUUGCAAAUUUGAUGCUUUGGGGGACAUCUACAGCGGCUUCAAUCGUUCUGCGACGCUGCAGACGUGGACGUGGGGCGAUCCGUGCGGCAGCGACGGCAGUGAGAACGCGGGCAGUCCGUGGCACGGCAUCACGUGCGACGUGUCGGCCGACCCGCAACGAGUGAUCGAAAUGUACGUCUCUCUGGCUGCUAAUGCUGCCGCCGCUGCUGCUGCUGCUGCUGCUGCUGCCUCAGCCGCCGCUGCUCGGCUUAACACGGAUAGGAGCGGCGUGGUACGCAGCAACGCCAUCAAGGGCGGCAUCCCCGCCGACCUCUCCGCGCUCACAGGGCUGCGCACCCUCUACCUGUCGAGCUGCGAGCUGGAGGGCGACCUGCCGCGCCUGCUCAAGCCUGUCCCUCACCACUCCCUGCCCAUCUUUCCCUCUCCCCCUCCCCCCCUCCCCCCAUGCCUCUCACCAUGGCCCUCCCUGUGCCAGACACCUGUCGAGCUGCGAGCUGGAGGGCGACCCAUCGCGCCUGCUGAACGCCCUUCACCACCACCACAUAUCCCCCCUCCCCCCAUGCCCUCCCCUUGCCUCCCCCCUUCCCUCCCCUUUCUCUCAUGUGCCAGAGACCUAUCAAGCUGCGAGCUGGAGGGCGACCUGCCGCGCCUGAUCAACGCCCCUCACCACCACAUGCCCCCAUCCCCCCCUCCCCCCAUGCCCUCCCCUUGCCUCCCCCCUUCCCUCCCCUUUCUCUCAGUCUUGUCGAGCUGUGAGCUGGAGUGCGACCUGCCGCGCCUGAUCAACGCCCCUCACCACCACAUCCCCCCAUCCCCCCCUCCCCCCAUGCCCUCCCCUUGCCUCCCCCCUUCCCUCCCCUUUCUCUCAUGUACCAGAGACCUAUCAAGCUGCGAGCUGGAGGGCGACCUGCCGCGCCUGAUCAAGCUCUCGUCGCUCGUCGCACUGGACCUGAGCAACAACUCCCUCACAGGCUACAUCGACCCUGCCAGCACCCGCUUGCCCCACCUUUCCAACUUAAACUCACCCGUCCUCACCACCCUCCCCACCACCAUGGACCUGAGCAACAACUCCCUCACGGGCUACAUCGACCCUGCCAUUGCCCGCCUGCCUCACCUCUCCGACCUUGCGGUGGCGUUCAACCAGCUGUCAGGCAACCUCCCCCCCGCCCUCGGCACCCUCCCUUCGCUCUCCUUUCUUGACAUCCGAGGCAACGCCUUCUCAGGCUACCUCCCCCUCUCCUAUUCCAAUAUUGAGCAAUUCCUCUACGACGGCGCCCUUCCCCCCGCGCCCGCAGGCCCCUCCGCAUCCCCUCCGCCGCCCCCCAUCCCGCCCCCGCCUCCCCCUUCCGUCCCCCCGCCGUCCCCUGUGCUGCCUGGUUUCCCUGGGGGGGAGGAUGGAGGGGCGGAUGCCCCUGCUUCUCUCCCCUCCCCUCCCGCCCCUCCUCUCACUUCUCCCUCUCCUAGACCUCCUCCAACCGCCCCAGGUUCGCUUGCCCCGCCUGCGCCCCCCUCUCUUCCGCCUGUCCCCCCUGUAACCUUCCCCAACGGGACGCACGUUGGGAACGGGACGGGUGGGAGUGGAGGAAACGGGGGGAAACGGGGGGAAGGCGGAGGAGCGGGGGAAGAGGGGGAUGGGUAUUUCUACCUGGAUCCGUCAGUUCCAGAGAAUGAGACGCAAGCGCUGGUGCCGGUGCCGGUGGGGUGCAAGCCGUGUGCUGGGGGGAGUGUGGCGAGGAGGCAUAAGAAGCUGUGUGUGUGCUCGUACCCGCUGCUGCUGGAGGUUCAUCUGGGCAUGGAGUUCUCUAGGUUCAAUGACGUCACCAGAGAGAGCCUUGAAGAGCAGCUGGCGCUGAGUCUGAAUGUAAACCAGACACAAGUGGCUGUAUACGCCACCCGGCCCGGGAGUGUCAUUGCCUCCUGCGCAGUACUGCCGCCCGGCCGCACGGAAGCACUGCCAGUGGGAGUGGCGGGGCAUGCACUGGACGUGCUGCUGGGGAGGCGGAAGCAGCGCCUGGAGCUGUUUGGCAUGGGCGCUGUGAAGGUGCUGGCAGUGCGGCUUCCCACGGUGGUGCUGGAUAGGAAUGGAGGUGUGUGGGGAUUGAUGGUGGAUGAGUG